AUGGCGGAGCUUUCAUACGAUCAUGUCCUUAACUCCACCAAGAGAAAGACUUUAGCCAGAGAUGUUGUUGGAACGAAUGAUCCAUUUGGCUCUAUUAGAUUAAUGCGAACAGCUCAUUGCAACGCCGACACCACACUAGCUUCUAGAGGUUAUAUCCCAAGAGCCAACCCGGAGCACUUGCGUCCCAUUUUCGAGCGUUUUGCAACGAAAAAGAAAAAUGGCAAACUGUUCAUGUCAUCGGAAGAUUUCAUCCGAAAAUACCUUGGCUUGUAUACUGAAGAGAAUUAUAACAAGGAAACAGUACGUUUGCUCGCUUCUGCUGCAGACACUACCAAAGAUGGAGACAUCUCAUUCGAGGAGUUCUGCGCUUUCGAAGCUCUCUUAUGCAGUCCGGACGCCCUCUACCUGACCGCCUUUGAAAUUUUCGACCGAAAUGCCAGCGACUCCAUUACUUGCGAUGAGUUCGAAGCUGUUAUUCGUCAUACUCAACCUCUUCAUGAUAUGGACUUUGAUUUCAACUCGGAUUUUAUCAAAAAAUAUUUCGGAGCUGAUAAGAAGAGAAGUAUCGGUUAUCAUGCCUUCACCCAGCUUCUGCAUGAUUUUUAUGAGGAACAAGGAAUUCAAGCCUUCCGGAGACAUGACAAAAACAGCGAUGGAACUAUCAGCUCCGUCGACUUCCAACAUAUCAUGUCCACUGUCAAAGGACAUCUCCUUACCGACUUCGUGAGAAACAACUUGAUCGCUGUUUCUGGCGGAGGUGCUAGUGGACACAAGGUAACCUUUGCCUACUACGCUGCUUUCAACAGUCUUCUCGCCAAAAUGGAAUUGAUCAAAAGAGUUUAUAUUAGUCAAUCUCGCGGAAAUCUAGGAUUAGAAAUGACGAAAGAAGAGUUCUUGGCCGCAACCCAAAGUUAUGCCCAUAUUACUCCUUACGAAGUAGAAAUUCUGUUCCAUCUCUCUGAACUCAGCCAUCCAGGAAAAAGGACAUUAUCCAUUAAGGACAUCGAAGCAAUUGAUCCCGAACGACUUAAACGCGUAGGACACGUUGACCGUCUGAUCAACGUGAAAGCUGUUGCUAGUAAAGAAGACAGAGGAGUCGGAACUGCCUUCAUGGAGUCAGGAUACCGUUUCCUCCUCGGUUCCUUCGCUGGAGCAUGUGGAGCCACGGCUGUUUAUCCCAUAGAUUUAGUAAAAACUCGUAUGCAAAAUCAACGAUCAGGAUCAUUCGUUGGAGAAGUGAUGUACAAGAACAGUCUUGAUUGUUUCAAGAAGGUCGUGAAGUUCGAAGGACUUUUGGGACUUUAUCGUGGUCUGGUACCCCAGAUUGUCGGAGUAGCUCCGGAAAAGGCUAUUAAGCUGACAGUCAACGAUUUAGUCAGAGACAAAUUGUCCACUGACGGAAAAAUCCCUUUCUAUUGUGAGAUCAUUGCCGGAGCUUGUGGAGGUGCCAGUCAGGUUGUUUUCACCAACCCUCUGGAAAUUGUUAAGAUCCGUUUACAAGUUGCUGGAGAGAUUCAAUCCAGUCAAAAGGUUGGAGUUUUCACUGUGCUCAAGGAAUUAGGAUUCGUUGGCCUCUACAAAGGAGCUCGUGCCUGUUUCCUCCGUGAUGUGCCUUUCUCAGCUAUUUACUUCCCAGCUUAUGCCAAUGCUAAGCUUGCUUCUGCAGAUGAAGAUGGAAUUAACUCUCCAGCUUCUCUCUUUGCUUCUGCUUUCAUUGCCGGAGUUCCCGCGGCUGGUCUCGUAACUCCUGCUGAUGUCAUUAAAACUAGAUUACAAGUAGCCGCCAGAGCAGGACAAACCACCUACUCUGGAGUGAUAGAUUGUGCCAGAAAGAUCAUGGCUGAAGAAGGACCAAGAGCCUUCUGGAAGGGUUCAGUGGCUCGCGUCUGUAGAUCCAGUCCACAAUUCGCCGUAACAUUACUAACAUACGAGUUCCUACAACGAGUAUUCUAUGUUGAUUUCGGAGGAACCCGCCCAACUGGAUCAGAGUCUGCUCAAAUGAAGUCGAUUUCGGACGACAGCUCUAUGAAUCCAGAUCACAUAGGUGGUUAUCGCCUGGCUUCAGCUACAUUCAGUGGCAUAGAGCAUAAGUUUGGAUUAUUUUUGCCAAAGUUUGAGAUAUCCAAGUGA